GAACAGCUGACGGGUGUGGACGCGUCUCCACGGUCGUUUCGUUCGCGGUGUUCUGUUCUCUUCGCGGUUUCGGGGUUCCCGUUUUCUACGGCGGUGGCUAGAGCAGGACGGCGGAUGAAGACGUUCGGGGGGCCAGAUUGAUUAGCGGGUUUUGUGUUUGACCUUUUGCGGUUGAUCUAGUUAGCGCGAGCUCGAAUGGGAAUGCGUUUUGGUGUCUGACCCCAGGCCGCGAGUGGCAGACCCCUUGCGUGAGGGUGUGUUUUCUUUUUUUAUUUUGUAUGGAAAGUGACAGAUGAGAGCGGGCGAGGGGCGUGCGAGUAGGGCGAAAGUUGACGAGAUUUGUGUACGCGACACCCGACGACCCUAUCUCGGUGGAAUUUCCGCGUGCGGCAGAAAGAGACGGUCCGCGGCCGCUGUGUUAGUGGUUUUCUGAGAACAAGACACGAAGAAGAUCCGUCCGUUCCGACACACCGUCGUGGCGCCCGUCGCCGUCGUCAGAGGGAAAAGAAGUCAACCUAGGGAGUGUGUGGAGUCUGUUUUGGAAGUGGAAGAGAGAGUGCAUCCUUCUUUGGGUAAUUGUUGGUGGUUGCCCCCCUUGAUUUCAUUGAUCGUAAGAAGCGUUUGGUGGCUGUAUUGUCGUCAAUAAUAAAAACACGACCGUACACGGCAGCGGCUCGGCGUUCGGAGAAAGGUGUCACUGUUACGGUAUUUUUGUGCUCGCGAGAGAAAGAGUGAGUGAGCGUAGGCCUACGAAACACGCAUACCGAGGGCGCACAGUGUUUGACGUUUCGCUUUGCGGCGAUAUUCGCGCAAGGGAAUCGCGAAACCCGAUGGAUGGUGGAGGGCAGCACACCAGGAAAUUAACAUCAAAGGUGUAGUAAAUGAAUCGGGAAGAAAACAAAACAAAAGGCAACAACAAGAAGAACGAAACAAAGGAAGAUAGCGAAAAAGAGGAAUACACAACAAUAUAAUAAAAGAGAUUUACGGCAGCACAACACACAAAAGAGAAGAGAAGAGGAGCCAAGGAGGAGAACGUGCGUGCGUGUGUGUGUUCGCACGGCCUGCUUCGCCGUUCGUUCUGUUGUUUCGACAGUCAGUGCAUCGUAGUUUUUUUUGUGUGUUAUUUACGACGACUGGUGCUUGUGCGUGUGUGGGUUCUCCCCCUGUGGAAAGGUGUAUUAGAGCUGUGAAGCAAGUGAAUGAAUCUGUUUGGCCGGUUCUAAAAAGGCGAUUGGAUACACGACGUCCAGACGGAGAUCAGAAGAAAAAUACAAGGUAUUGCAGUUGUCUUUGAAAAAUUCGGCUAAACCAUACUAAGGAAUGGAUCAAUAACAGGCUGCAUGAUACCAUAGACAAAGACUCGUCAUCAAGGCUAUCUCUCACCGGAAAUCUCCAACCGGCACCACCAGCCAAUUAUGCCAAUCGCCGGUGCUGGUUGGCCAUCUAUCCCGCACUCCCGCGGAAGACGCCCCCGGAGUCGCAUGCCACCUUCCCAGUCAUAAGAGAGGAAACGCACAAAUUGCUUAUAAUUGUGUUUUAAUUUAAUCAUUCGUGUCGCGUUUCUUCGACAUUUUUUUCCGCUUUUCCCCCUCUAAAACUUUGAGUAAGUCACGCGAAUUGUGUUUGCGCACCGCUAAUUGGUUUGCGUCUUCUCUGAUGAGUGGCCUCGGUCGGCAAAACAAGCAUCCAAAAUGAAGUACGAAGAUCAGAUGACGCCCCAGUGUCAGCAGCACCCAACUCAGCGGCCCAGCGACGUGAGAUGGACAGAUUUCGGCGGAACCGGUCAGAACUCGCGAAACCUGCGGCGUACCGCCCGAAAAAGUGCCAAAUUAGAACGUCGACAGCAGUCAAGUCAAGUCGCGCCGGAAGUCAGCGAAGUUGCGACGACGACGACGUCACCAUUCCAGUCCUGCUGCAGUCGCGUGCCGGCGAUCGGAAGUGCCGCCGGUUCGGACAGUGCGAGCAGUGAGGCCAGCUGGACCAACGGCGCCCGGUGGCAGUGUCACCGGUUUCAGUGGGUAGCAGUGUUGUACAUAGUAGCGGUAGUGUUAGUGGGUGCAAUUUCCGAGGUUCACUGUGAUGCAGCUCUUAGCAGUAGGUCUAGUGGGGACGGGGGCAGUAGUAGUGGGACGGCGGCGGCACCGGAUGGUGGCCACCUGCUGGAGGAUCACUACGAGGGCGGCGGCCACUACACGCACCACUGGGCGGUGCACAUUCCCGAGGGCGGGUCGGAGCAGGUCGAGCGGGUCGCCGAGGAGCACGGAUUCAUCAAUCAUGGCAAGAUUCUGGACGGGUACUACCACUUCGAGCAUCGGCACGUGCAGCGGCGUUCGGUGAACCCGGCGGCGCCCCACCAGCGCCGGCUGGACGAGGACGACCGGAUCCACUGGUCCCAGCAGCAGCGGGCCAAGCGGCGCACCAAGCGGGACUUUCGCCCCCUGAAGAGCCCCUACCUCAUCCAGCUCAACGAUCCCAAGUGGCCCGAGAUGUGGUACCUGAACCGAGGAAACGGCCUGGACAUGAACGUGAUACCAGCGUGGAAGGAGGGAGUUACGGGGAAGGGCGUCGUGGUGACGAUCCUCGACGACGGCCUCGAGUCGGAUCAUCCCGACCUGGAGCAUAAUUACGACCCCGGAGCGUCGUACGACGUCAACGGUAACGACGGCGACCCGAUGCCCCACUACGACCUAACGGACUCGAACCGGCACGGGACACGGUGCGCCGGUGAGGUCGCCGCCACGGCCAACAACUCCAAGUGUGCCGUGGGCAUCGCGUACGGAGCCCGCGUCGGCGGCGUCCGGAUGCUGGACGGGGACGUCACGGACGUGGUCGAGGCCAAAUCGCUCGGUUUGCACUCGCAACAUAUCGACAUCUACAGUGCCUCGUGGGGUCCGGACGACGACGGGAAAACGGUGGACGGUCCGGGCGAUAUGGCCACGCGGGCCUUCAUCGAGGGCGUCCGGAAGGGACGCGGUGGAAAGGGCUCCAUCUUCAUCUGGGCGUCCGGCAAUGGGGGUCGCGAGCACGACAACUGCAACUGCGACGGCUACACCAACUCCAUCUGGACGCUGUCGAUUUCGAGUGCCUCCCAGGAGGGACUCGUGCCCUGGUUCUCGGAAAUGUGCAGCUCGACGUUGGCCACGACGUACAGCAGUGGGAACACCAACGAGAAGCAGGUCAUUACGACGGAUUUGCACCACUCGUGCACGUCCUCGCACACGGGAACGUCCGCGUCGGCACCGCUGGCGGCCGGAAUUGCCGCGCUGGUGCUGGAAGCGAAUCGAAAUUUGACGUGGCGCGACCUGCAGCAUAUCGUCGUCCGCACGGCCAAACCAGGCAACCUGAAGGACCCGUCGUGGGCAAAAAACGGCGUCGGCAGACGCGUGUCGCACUCCUUCGGGUACGGCCUGAUGGACGCGGCCGCCAUGGUCCGGCUAGCUCGCACCUGGAAGACCGUUCCGGACCAGCAGAUCUGCGAAAUCAACGCGCCCCAUCUGGACAAGCAAAUCCCCCCUCGGACCAAAGUCACCCUGCAGCUGCUCGUGGAACACUGCAUGGGCGUCAACUACCUGGAGCACGUGCAGGCCAAAAUUACGCUCACCUCGCAGCGGCGCGGUGACAUCCAGAUCUUCCUGACGUCGCCGUCCGGCACCCGGGUGACGCUGCUAACGCCAAGAUCCCACGAUUUAUCCCGGUCCGGCUUCAAUCAGUGGCCGUUCAUGUCGGUGCACACGUGGGGCGAAGCGCCACACGGAGUCUGGCUGCUGGAGAUCCACAACGAGGGACGCUUAUUAGGAUACUCGUCGAUUCGCGGUUGGUCGUUAAUUUUGUACGGCACGAGCAUUCCGCCGGAUCCUAACGAUCCACCCAACACUCCGCGGGUAUUUUCAACGCCGGCCCUGCCACCGGCCGCGUUACCUCCGAUAAUCCCGGCUUCCGGGAGCUUCGGAUCGUCCAAGAAUUUCUACUCAUCCUCCGCGUUGGGAAAGCCCAACCGGAAGCAGCAGCAACAGUACGGUGGUGCCACUUACACUCCGACGUUCGGGAUGACCCCGGCGUAUCAAUCGCCACAGCCGGUGACGCCCCCGCGGAAGAACAACAAGGGCAAGAACAAACCCAACAAGAACCAAUCGUCCAAAACGACCACAGCACGCCCAGUCAGUCAAACCACCCUGAACGUGUUCCUGAACUCGUACGGAACGGGAAAGAAGUACGAGUACAACACCGGUCCGCGGAAGAACCAAACGCCCAAACCCAAACCCAUGCAGACCAUCAACUACGGCCGGUCGGACAAGUACCACGCGGCCACGUCCAACAUCCCUGAAAAGCAACCGAUCGCCAUCAAAGCGCCCAAGCAGGUCAAACAGGACAACGCGCCCAACUCACGCAAACUCCCCACCACAAUCGGAACCUCCUCCAGCACCACCAACUCCGUCCCGUCAACUGCCACGGGGACAACCUCAGGCGGAACCACCUCCCAGACCACGCAACCUCCCAUCUUCAACGAGCGAUUCUCCACCACAAACGCGCGCAUCCCCAACCGGUUCCAGCAGUACGAAAAGAUCCAGCAGUUUUACCCCGAGCUCAAACCGUACUCCUCGAUCCGGGACGACCUGGACCACCGAACCACACCCAACAAACCGGUCGCAGCUCCACCACCUCCCAAAAACACGCCCUCGAUCGUAACAACCAACGGCAACGGGAAACCCUCCCGGGCCAACCCGAAGAUCUUCUUCCCCGACACGGACAUUAUCGAUGCGAUCGCGCCGCGCAAGAUCUCUUCGAGUCUGCAGCAGCAGCCGGUUCAGCCGGCGUUCUACGGGCGCACCCAGAACUCGCAGUUUGUGUCGAGCAGCGGUGGCAAGAACGGAAAGGCCCAAAUCACCCAGUGGAAUUUGAUCUUCUACGGGACGGAGACGCCGGCCCAGCCGGAUGACCCGACCAGAGUGGGGAAGCCCGGCUUCAGCGACAGCAACUUUGGCGGAGAAAUCGAACACAACUCGCUCGAGUUCGAGAGCGGAGUGAGCAGUGACCAGUGGCGGAACAUGCAACAGAUCGGCGAGAGUCACGUGGACGUCCAGCGGACCGCGUCGAGCGACGUGACCAGCCUGGCGUGCGCCCGGUACGACCGGGCCCGCUGCUUAGAAUGUGGUUCCGCGUCCUUUUUCUACAACGGCCACUGCUACUCGUCCUGCCCGGCCAGCACGUUCCCGGACACUAGCACCAUGGAGCAGGACGAGAAGCAACAGCACCAGCAGCAACGACCCCUGCCGCCAGGAUCCGUCCGUCGUCGUCGAGGCAACAAUUUGGACAAUGAACCGCAGGAACGUGACACCCAACCUCAACCGGGCCAGCAGCACCAACACUUUUGCAUCCCAUGUCACGCCACCUGCCUCGAGUGCAGCGGACCGGCCGCGAACCAGUGCACCGAGUGCCAGCCGGAAUUUGCCUUCGACGGGCUACGCCUGUGCGUCACCAUCAACCGUAAGCAACGACCCCAGGCAUCCUCCGGAACCAAUAAAUCUUCAAACCAAACGGCACCGACGCUGAACGACCCGGAGUCGGACGAUAAGCGGUGGCUCCCGGCGGACUACCUCAUUAUGAUAACCGUCGUCGGAGUGACGCUCGUGGUGGCCUUCGCCGGGAUCUAUCUGCUCUGGAGACGGUGCUUCCGGGGCGUUCUGCUGGCCACCGACCACCACCAGUACGACCGGGUUCAGACGUCGGAUCCGGCGGCCAGCGGAAGCCGCGGGGUGCCCUCGUACGCCGAGCUGGUGCGGGACGAGAUCGAUGACAUCCUGGCGGAGAGUAGCUCCGAGGAUGAGGAGGAAGACGAGCACCACGAUGGGCGAGAGUCGCGCUCGUUUAUGCCGAUUAUUGCGCCGGUGGAGAGAUGAGCAGCUUUUGCGCAGAGGAGUGGAGAGUAGGUAUUUAAACAUUAGUCAACGCACACACACAAGAAUUGCAUUUCAAACACCACACAUCAGCUAACUAGGCAGUAUUUACUUUUAAUCAAUCCUAAAGUGGUCUUAGCCGAACAAAGUUGUGAAUAAAUAAUAAUUUUAGCAGG